UGAAAGUGGAGAGCGUGAAGGAUAACGUUAUGCGAUAGUGACAUGAGGACGAAUGGUUAUGGCGUAGUUAAUGUAAUGACACAUUGAUGGUACUACUACUACUACUAGACAGAUGUUAGGGGUGAUGCUUUUAUUUUCUAAACAUUAAUUCAAACUAAUAAUAUCCAUGUAGUCCCUGAGACUUGUGAUAACGUUCAAAAACACAAAUAAUGUUAAGAUUCCUGAGUAAACGGUUCGGCAGGGCGUCCCGAACUGCUAAAAGUAAAACUAGUAAAAGACAAAUUUACACGCCAUCAUAUACCACAAAGCCUAGUAAACAUGUGCUACCAUGUAAAGUUAUUUUGUUAGACGGGUCUGAUAUGUCAAUUGAUGUGCUGAAAACAACCAUGGGUUAUGACCUGUAUGAACAAGUAUGGUAUCACUUGGAUCUAAUAGAAAAGGAUUAUUUUGGUCUUCAGUUUACAGACACUAACCAAGUUUCGCACUGGUUGGAUCCAACCAAACUUAUCAAGAGACAAGUUAGAAUCGGACCACCUUAUACUUUCCGUCUUCGCGUGAAGUUUUACUCCUCUGAACCGAACAAUCUACGGGAAGAAUUAACAAGGUACUUGUUCUUCCUACAGCUGAAGCAGGACAUUUUGUUGGGCAACCUAACCUGUCCUUACCAGACUACUGUCGAGUUGGCUGCAUAUGCAUUGCAAUCUGAACUUGGGGAUUACAAUCCAGAAGUCCACACUCCAGGCUUCAUUUCUGAAUUUCGGUUUGUUCCAGAGCAGACUGAAGAAAUGGAAAUAGAUAUUUUGAACCAAUUUAAAACUUUAAGGGGUCAAACACCAGCUCAGUCAGAACUCAAUUACCUCAACAAAGCCAAGUGGUUAGAAAUGUAUGGUGUAGACAUGCAUACAGUACAGGGUAAAGAUGGAAAUGAGUAUUCAUUAGGCUUAACACCUACAGGUAUCUUGGUCUUUGAAAACACCACAAAGAUUGGACUCUUCUUCUGGCCUAAAAUAACUAGGUUAGAUUUCAAAAGUAAAAAACUGACCUUGGUUGUUGUGGAGGAUGAUGAUGAGGGCCAAGAACAGGAGCAUACAUUUGUAUUUCGACUAUAUAAUGCCAAGGCCUCUAAACACCUCUGGAAAUGUGCUGUUGAACAUCAUGCCUUUUUUAGGUUAAAAGGUCCUGUCAAAGGCUUAUCUGUAAGGCAAAACUUCUUCAGAAUGGGAUCCAGAUUCAGAUACAGUGGUAAAACUGAACUACAAGCAACCAAAAACAGAGCUAGACGUACUGUUCAGUUUGAACGUCGCCCAAGUCAGAGAUUUUCUCGUAGAAUUGGACAUGAUCACUAUAAGGAAAAUGCAAACUGUACUUAUUUCAGUGAAGUGAAGAAUAAUGGGCUAGUUACAGCUAUCACUCCUGAUACUUUUACAUCACUAGAGGGCACUUCUAUUGUUGAUAGUCCUGUCAGUACACUAUCAGCUCCUACUACUCCUGUAGAGAGCCAAAUACCUGCUGUUCCUAGCAUACCACCAUCUGCACCGUCAUCACCGACCAUUUCCCAAUCCACAACUAGUACAACUCCUACUGUAGCAGUUGUUAACACUUCUGAAGAGAGGCUAGACACACUUAUAAAAUCUCUGACAAAGGAGAAUGCAAAUGAAGAGAAAGGAGAAUCGAAGAAUGAGUAUGCAGUAACACCCAUAAUGAGGAGGACUGAAGCUACAACUACAAAUAUGUCAGAAUCAGAAACUCUAGCAGCCAAGCUGAAAGGCUUAGACUCCUUUAGCCCUUUACAAUCAAAACGAUCCUUGUCAAAUGCCAGCAGCAUGAGUAAUGCUAGCUCAACCACCAAAGAUAUUAGCAUGAUAAAGAAUAACCAGAUGCGACCUACCAGUGGUGGUAGUGUUCGACCCAUUCCACCUGAUCAAAUGAAGUGUAAUAUUUUGAAGGAAGAGAAAAAUAUAGGUGAGAAGAUUGUAUGGAAACCUGAUGAAUAUGAUAGUCAUCAUUGUCUGCUGAAUAAAGAAACAAUAUUGACUACCAACGAUUCAAAAACGAUUGUUGUGUUGAAUGGUGAUUGCAAUUAUAAUGGAAAACUGAAAAACAGCUUGACAAGAAAUGAAGAGGACAAGUGGAAUGCAUGCACUAACAGUGGAGAAGAAACUAGCUCACCCACUCCCACUUCAUGUAACUUGACUUCUUUCUUCUCUAUGGAUCGUUCCAUCAGUAUGGCUGCAACCAAUAAGUGUCCUGCUGCCAAGUCUUGUACCACUUUUUUAACUACAGACUCUGAAAUAACUAAGAGACUUUCUGAAAGUAAUGAUAAUGUCCCAAUUUUGGGCAUUAGUCCUGCUAGCCCCAUCACACCUUCCCUUAGCCUUUCUUAUGUUACUAAUGUCACCAUCGUUCCUUUAUCUAAUUCAUUCCCGAGAAUAAUUCUCAAUGAUCCCGAAAUGUUUGUAACUCAGAAUUCCAUUCCUGAACUUUUAUCGUUUUCUAAACCUGGAGUAAGUAACACCCUAGAACAAUCUAUUAAAUCUCAAAGCAUGAUUAGUGGUACAAGGCCUAUAUCUCAAGAUAAUGUUUGCAACCAGGUAGCUUCUGCUGGGGAGGAGAAGGGUGGAUCUGAAUCUAAGGAAGAUAAGACUUGGGCUAAGGUAUUAACUGAGACAUCCUUUGCUGAAUCAAGCCCUGUGACUAAACCCCUGACAUCUGCCAGCUUUCACAAUUCAGCAUUGCUGAAACAAACUUCACCAAGCUCUAACUCUAGUGUGCUUUCACCCUGGCAUGUAUCCAGUACUGAUGAUGUGACACGCAGAGAGGGUGAGAGGGUCCAACGUCGUACUGUGAUCACUACCGAACUGUGAAUGCUUUUCUUGUAUUAAUUUGUGAAAACGUUGAUAACUAUUGAAGCCUUUGUAACUUGGAAAAUCCGAAAAAUAGUUAUGGUUUUAGAAACUUUUUCUCUUGUUAAUAGUUUUACAAUUUUUUGUUCUUAGGGUAUGCAAAUUUUAUCUCUUUCACAUUUUCUUUUAUUAAAGUGAUUGUCUUGGAUAUCAGCUGAUAAGGUCUUAAAUGUUUUCAGUUGUUUAUAUGUUGUAAAUAUUCUUUCAAUUUCAAGAUGUUUUCUUUCAAAUUUUGUUUUAACUAUGUAGGUGUUAUUGUUAUUAUUUAAGUAUUUGUGAAUGAUAGAGCAUGUUUACACAGUAAAAUUUUUAUUUUGUGGAAAAUGGAUUAAAGAGAAUUCUCUUGAUUUAAUGCAGUGAUUGUCAAAUAGGGUUUCUAACUAUCAUUUAUGUAUUAUUUUGUGUUGGAAGCUGUAAUGAAAUUUGUUGUGAAAAAAACAGUGUUAAUUUAUGCAGGGGUUAAAUUUUAUGGACUACCAGAAACUGUUUUACAUCUUUUCUUAGUAGUUUGAUGUGAUAUGAUUUAAAACCAGCAUUUGAGAAACUGUGAUUACAAAUUGUAGUUAUGUAUAUAAAUAACUGUGUGUUGUAUUACUUCAUCAGUGAAAUAGUACUCCACCAUAUUGUAUGGCACUGUUUUGUAGAAUUAUUGUGAAGGUAACUUUAUUUUUUUAUAUCACAAUUUUAAUAAGUAUUGACUCUUUGGUAAACUUAGUCCUUUCUAGUUUGAUGAAUUUGUUCUAAACCACUUACAGUCUUUGGUUACAUUUAGUGCAGUAGUUGAAUAUUUAUACUUUGUCCUUGGGUUUACCACUACACUUCAUAUUUUAGAUUAUAAAAAAAGUUAUUGCUAAAUACAAGUCAGUUUUACUGAUGUCAUGUUUUGUGUUGAAUCUGCUGCCUUACAGCAAUGUUGUAUAUAGUUUGAUUAGUGCCUCUCUAGAACCUAGAUUCCAUAUUUUAAAGUGUGCAAAGUGCAAAUCCAUGAUUAGUGAUACAUAUAUUCAAGACACUUGUAAGGAAGCAUGAGUGCAUGUUAUUAUGUUUUUAUUUGAAAAAGUUUUUAUUAGCACUUUUUUAACUGAAAUCUAGUUUGAAAACUUAUAUGUCAUUUGAAGUGCUUGAUAACUGCUUUUAGAAGGGUUUUGUUGAAAAAUCCUGUAAAAGCUGAGAUAUAUAUGAUUUGUGCCAUAAUUCAUUAUUGGAGAGCAAAUAGAACUUAAUACUUUAUAUAAUACAUUUAAUAAUUCCAAUAAUUGGAAAAUUUAAUGAAAAAAGUUACAUUAAUGUUUUUAGAUAAAUAAAAGUGUACCAGACACUACAUUUUGGAAAUGCAUUUAAGUUUUUCUUUUCAUAAAUGUGUUUCUUGUUUCUAAAUAUGUAGUUAUUUGCUGAUGAAAUGUAAAUAACAAAUAUGUGAAAAAAAAAAUAGUAGGCUUAAAAUAAGUCUAUGUUUAUCAUUUUAAGGAAAUUCUUGUUUUCUAAAGUGAAAAUUAUUUCUAUUAAGAUAUUGUACCAGUGAGUUGUGUUUCACGUAAUGUAAACUGAGUAACUUAGAAGAGUGCACUAGAUAGAUCCUCCUACAUGAUCUGAGAGUUAGGAUUGCUCUUCCAGUAUUACUCUGUUUUAGCAGAGAUCUGGGGGAUUAGCAGUCCAAUAGCAGGCUUCUUCUUAAUUAUCAAUUUAAUCAUUUGGAUUUAUUUUUGUACUUUGGUCAGAUAUAUUUUCUAAUUAGAUUUUUAUGUUUAAAAAUUUGUCAUCCUUAAUUGUUAAAUUUUGUUAAAUGCAUCAUUUUAUCUGCUUUUAUGCAUGAAGCAGUUUCAUUCACUUUUCUAUAUCAGGAUGUGAUGCUUUGUUUUGUAAAUUUACCCUGAUUUUCCAAUAUAAUAUAAUCUUUAGAAAAAGAAGCAUUAUUCAACAUUGUUUAGUUAUUUUAUUCAACUUUCAUUAUAAAUAAAUGUAAAAAAAAUUUUGAUUGAAAAGUAAUUCUAAAAUAGUUUUGUGCCAUUUCAAAUAUUAUUGUUGAGUGUAAUUUUAAAUAUAUGUAGCUUCCGUAAAUGUCCGGUUUUACUACGGUGGUUGUUUUUAUCUUUUUCUUAAUCAUAUUUGGAAUUAAUUUUGUGUUAGAUAUUGAUUAUUUAGCACGAGAUUUGUUGGUUUCUGGUUUCUUUAGUGCGUAUCUAGUGCUAAACUUUGUCGAUUACGCUAACAAAUAAAAUUUCAAAUUUGAACAAGGA